CUCCCAACAAAUGGAAAAAGGUUGAGAGAGAAAGAGGUUCUUCUUUCUUGUCGGUCUGAGACUCUGAUCUCGCAGCUCAAGCCAUGGGAGGUAAGGAGAGUAGCAGAAACUCUUCUUCUAAUUCUUAUUCGUCUUCGUCUUGGCUGUCUCAUUUCUGGUCCUCGGCGCGUAGAACCAAGCCCCUGGUUUAUCCGUCGGAAACCUCCAUCCGUGCAAGCUCUAUCGAUGGCCUCGUCCGACGCCUCGGCUUGUUCGAGCUCAUACUCAUCGGCGUCGGCGCUUCCAUUGGUGCCGGAAUCUUCGUCGUCACCGGAACCGUCGCUCGAGACACCGGACCCGGAGUCACAAUAAGUUUUGUCCUUGCUGGAGCAUCAUGUGUGUUAAAUGCGCUCUGUUAUGCCGAGCUAGCUUCUCGUUUCCCCGCUCUUGUUGGGGGAGCAUACUUGUAUACAUACACAGCCUUCAAUGAACUUACUGCUUUUCUCGUAUUUGCUCAAUUAAUGCUCGAUUAUCAUAUAGGGGCAGCUAGCAUAGCACGAAGUCUAGCAAGCUAUGUAGUUACUAUUCUAGAGCUCUUUCCCUUUUUCAAAGGCAUUCCAAGCUGGAUUGGCAGUGGUGAAGAGAUUCUUGGAGGAACUCUGUCUAUCAAUGUAUUAGCUCCAAUUCUCCUUACGCUCUUGACUAUAGUGCUUUGUCGGGGUGUUGGAGAAUCCUCUGCUUUAAACUCAUUCAUGACUGUGCUAAAGGUCGUCAUUGUUAUUAUUGUCAUAUCUGUCGGUGCAUUUGAGAUUGAUGUUUCAAAUUGGUCACCUUUUGCUCCAAAUGGUGUUGAAGCAAUACUGACUGGAGCUACUGUAGUUUUCUUUGCUUAUGUUGGAUUUGAUGCAGUUGCUAAUUCUGCUGAAGAAGCCAAGAGACCUCAGCGGGAUUUGCCAAUAGGCAUCAUGGCAAGCCUUCUUAUAUGUAUUACGUUGUACAUUGGUGUCUGUUUAGUGAUCACUGGAAUGGUACCUUACAAGUUCCUUGGGGAAGAUGCUCCUUUGGCAGAAGCUUUUGCAUCCAAGGGCUUGAAAUAUGUUUCUGUUUUGAUUAGUAUUGGUGCCGUUGCUGGACUUACAACAACCCUUCUAGUUGGGCUUUAUGUUCAGUCUCGGUUAUACCUUGGGCUUGGAAGGGAUGGUUUACUGCCUUCAAUAUUUGCUAAAGUACACCCAAAGCUCCACACACCUAUUCAUUCUCAGGUCUGGGUUGGUAUUGUUGCUGGCGUUUUGGCAGGGCUAUUUAAUGUGCAUGUGCUCUCACACAUACUUUCAGUGGGCACAUUGACAGGCUAUUCUGUUGUCUCGGCAUGUGUGGUAGCGCUUCGCUGGAAAGAUAAGACAGAGAGUCAAGUGUCAUCUUCAUCCUGGCGGGAAGGUCUCUUAUGCCUAAUUACGGUCGCCUUCUGUGGUUUUGGUGCUGGACUACUCUACCGAGUCAAUGCUUCAUUUAUCUUUCUGAUUCUAGCUGUCAUUGUGGGAAUUAUUGCUACUCUUGCUCUUUAUUUCCGCCAAGUCUAUGCAGAUCCCCCGGGGUUUUCUUGUCCUUGGGUUCCCAUUUUGCCGGUUGUUUGCAUCUUCUUCAACUUGUUCCUAUUUGCUCAGUUACAUUAUGAAGCAUGGGUGAGAUUUGUCAUCCUUAGCAUUAUUACGGUUGGAGUUUAUGCAUUUUAUGGGCAGUAUCAUGCUGAUCCGAGUUCAGAAGAGACUGUUAUUUAUCAUAGGGCACCUCGAGAAGAUGCAUGAUGAUCAGUUUUAACCUGAUGUUGCAUUAGUUGUUGUAUAUCAACCUAAAUUGUAUCAUUACAGCACAAAUGUCAUUCUUCUAUGUAGUCAUCAUUUGCAGUGAAAAAAUGUUCCUGGAUUUUUAUAUUCAGAACUUCCUGUAAAUUAUCCAGCUCAAGCUGCAGCAAAUCCCCAUCAGAUCAAGGGUUAAAUUUUCCAUAUCCA